CUGCACUGCACCUUUUCCAUCAUUCCCUAACUUACCUACUUACUGUACUAAGUAAGUACUAACUACCUCUUUCGUAAGGCUGGGACUUACAGCAAUAUGCCGAGCACUCACCGACAAUCCCACAAUACGAAGUAGACAUGAAUGACUCCCCUCUAGCUUGGAAUAGGUAUGGUCUGGUGCCUACUAUACCACACCUACUACACCUACACCUGAAGCUACUCCGACUCACCCUGCUCAGCCACACGAAGGCUGGAGAGGAAGACAAAAAGAGCCCAGGGCUCGAAUCCGGUGAUCUCCCGUUCCAUGUGCGCUCGAUGAUGGGCCAGGAGAUAUAAUGUCUUUGACUCUUCCCCUUGUUUAUGGACGAGAACCCACUCUUUAUCUCUUUUGUCUUUUGAUUUCCUAACCACCUGAACCAACCUAUGCCUCGUAUGUUCUGCUCCUCCUUUCUCUAUCAGGCGCGGUGAACCCAUGACUCCUACCACAUGUCGCCCGGGACUGAACAACAAGAGUUGGUUGCUUUCACGCUCAUCCUCGUUGUCCUUGUCGCGACAACGCCGCUGUCUACACAAAGAGGUCGGAGGCCACGCCUAUUGUCCCCACUGCUCUACGAUGCCGGUGCGCGUUCUUUGUCUGUGAGGGCAGGUUUCAUCUGCGAGUCUCCCCCCGGCAAGUAUAUCUGGCCGCCCUACGGCCCUUCGGCUAGAAACAAUCAGCAUCACAUUUGAAUUACCUACCUGUCAUAGAAGAAACCAUCGAAGUCCUUCCGGGGGGGAUUAGGCGCAUCGAGCGCAACGUGAAGCGCUGUCCCCGAGGCUGGAUCAGACUCUGCCGCAAAGAAACACGGACCAGUAUCGAACGAGACUGCCGCGAGGUGCCAGGAAACA